AUGACAGAAACAAUUGAAAACUUAAGGGAUUUUAACUAUUUCAAAUUAAACACCAAUAAACAUGUGUUAGUAGAAUAUAUUUGGAUAGAUGGUACUGGAGAGAGACUGAGAUCAAAAACAAAAGUGUACAAUACAGCAAUUUAAAGUUUGGAAGAUGUUGAAUGGUGGACAUUUGAUGGUUCAUCUACAGAUUAAGCAAUCACAAAAUUUAGUGAGAUUUUCUUAAAGCCUGUUUGUAUGGUAAGAGAUCCAUUUCGUGGAGAUCCACAUAAAUUUGUAUUAUGUGAGACAUACAAACCAGAUCGUAAAACACCUGCACGUUUUAAUUUUAGAUGGAUUGCUGAAAAAAUAAUGUAAGAAGCAAAUGAAAGUGAUCCUUGGUUUGGUAUAGAAUAAGAAUAUUUUAUGUUAAAGAGAACAGGGACAACUCAUUUAUGGCCUUUGGGAUGGCCAGUAGGAGGUUUUCCAUAUUAAUAAGGAAGAUAUUAUUGUUCAAUUGGAGAACGCAAUAAUUUUGGAAGAGCAUUGUCUGAAGCACAUUAAAGAGCAUGUCUUUAUGCUGGACUUAAAUUAUCAGGAAUAAAUUCAGAAGUAGCUCCUUCAUAAUGGGAAUUUUAAAUAGGAAUUGCACAUGGUAUAGAGGCAGGGGAUCAUUUAUGGUUGGCUAGAUAUAUAUUAGAGAGAUUAGGUGAAGAAUUUGGAAUUGAUAUCAAUUAUGAUCCAAAGCCAAUUCAAGGAGAUUGGAAUGGCACUGGAGCUCAUUGUAAUUUCUCAACAACAAAUACAAGAGAGUAAGGUGGUUAUGAAUACAUUAAAGAAUUUAUGUUACCACUUUUAGAAAAGAAUCAUUAAAAAAUGAUGUUGUUGUAUGGAUUAAACAAUGAAGCGAGAUUGACUGGUAAACAUGAGACUGGAGAAUAUAAUCAAUUUACAUGGGGAGAUGGCUCUAGGGGAUGUUCUAUAAGAGUACCAAUAAUUACAAAAGAAUUAGGGAAGGGGUAAUAAUAUAUAUUAAUUAUAUAAUUGUAGGUAUUUGGAAGAUCGAAGACCUGCAGCCAAUAUGGAUCCAUAUCUUGUAUGUAGUGCUUUGGUUGAUGCAACUUGUAUGAAUGGGAAGAAUCUUAUGACUCUUAUUGAAUAAUUUGCUGAAUCAUUAAAGCAAUUAUGA